AAGAAACAAACCGGUGAACAAAAACCACCCGAUAAACCCCCAGCAGCAUCAUCAACCACCGCCAUUUCCAUGGCGGCAGUAACAAUAGCCCUAUCCACCAUCUCCAAGCCAUCAUCCUCAAUUCUCAGCAACCACCAUCUUCAUUUCCGUACAUUCCUCACACACCACUUGUCUCUCUCUUCCACAUCAUCAUCUUUUAUAUUAUCAUCAUCCAAUCUUCAUUUUCUUCCACCACCAUCACCAUCAUCAUGGAUACAAACCAGCAAUACUACCACACGUCAUCUCCACGUCACCUCUGACGCCACCAAAAAGAACAAAGUGAGGUCAACAACAAGAGAGUUGACUUCUGAACCCAGGUAUUCCAAAGCUGCUAGAAGGUUUUAUAAUGAAAACUUUCGAGAAAUUUCUUCUCAGAGGCUUAGUAAAGUCCUUGCUGCUGCUGGAGUGGCAUCUAGAAGGAGUUGUGAGGAGCUAAUCUUUGACGGUCGUGUGACUGUUAAUGGUUCUGUAUGCAAUACUCCACAGACUAAAGUUGAUCCUAAGAAAGAUAUGAUAUAUGUAAACGGUAACCGCCUUCCUAAGAAACUGCCUCCAAAGGUCUACCUUGCUCUCAACAAGCCAAAAGGGUACAUUUGUUCAUGUGCAGAGAACGAAAAUAAAUCAGUCGUAUCUUUGUUUAAUGAUUAUAUGAAAAAUUGGGACAAAAGAAAUCCUGGACAACCAAAACCGCGCCUAUUUACUGUGGGACGUCUUGAUGUUGCCACAACUGGGCUAAUUAUUGUGACAAAUGAUGGGGAAUUUGCACAGAAGAUUUCUCAUCCUUCAUCCGGUUUAUCCAAGGAGUACAUUGCAACAAUAGACGGAACAGUGCAUAAAAAACAUUUAAUAGCAAUUAGCGAGGGGACAGUAAUCGAUGGUGUCCAUUGUACUCCAGAUGCUGUGGAACUUCUGCCACAACAGCCUGAUAAAUCAAGAGCCCGUCUUCGCAUUGUGGUUCAUGAGGGAAGAAAUCAUGAAGUUAGAGAGCUUGUUAGAAGUGCUGGGCUUCAGAUCUAUUCACUGAAGCGGAUACGUAUUGGUGCAUUCAGGCUUCCACCAGAUCUUUUGUUUGGAAAGUACAUUGAAUUAAAGCCACCUCAGUUGAAGACUUUAGGUUGGGGCGAGAAGUAAUUUGCAGAAUUGGAAAUGUUAAUCCUAUAUGCAGAUCAAACUUCUAGAAAGGAUUCUCAGAUGUUUGGGAUUGCAAAAGUUCAAUACCAUUUGCAGAGAGACGAUUUGCAACCUCCUCCAUUAUUCUUGUAUUAAAAAUGGAGCGCAACACAAUUUGUGAUCAUACGAAGAAAUGGCCGGGUACAGUAGAGUUCCCUUGUCUGUUGGAACACCGGAGUUUAGUAGAUCGGUAUAUUAUGCUGUUUUUGAUAGUAUUACACUAUUACAUGAUCCUUGAGCCAGAGUAGUGUCUUAUUUCAUGCCCUCAAAGCACGUCAAGUAUUAAAUGUCAUCCUUAGUUUGUACUCAUGGUUUUCUCUAGUAGUUGUAAUUCAAUAAUUCAUUUUCAUUUCAAACUUGCUUGUGUAGGCAGUGUAUUACCGGAAAUUCUGAUGGUCAUUUCUUGCUUUCA